CGACGGUACCUUAUCUGUUGACUGCACAAUAUGAUGCAUACCUACAUGGUUGAUCAUCCUUUCUUUUUUCUUAUCUGGUCAUCCUGUCCCCCAGCUUCAAUAUAAAGCAAAUGGAAGCUUCGAUAUUGCUUCCUUGUCUUCAGUGCCCUCGACGUCUCGUGAACAUCGACUGAAAACGACCGUAUACCAAAACCACCAACACCUCCACCGCCCACCAUGGCAACGUACGAAAACAAAGCGUUCGACUCGGACGAGAAGAAUGGCUCCCCUUCUCCAGCCGCUUCCGCCUAUGAGCCAGUUGUUGCAGAUGGUCACGUGGGUAAACUCCAGAGACGCCUGCCCUUCAGCCUUGCGGUCCGUCAAGAGGAAAGCAGCUUUGCUGCAACAAAGAGAGCCUCCAAUGCCGAUUUCGACCCGAUCCCUCCAUCCAAGCGCACUUGGAACUGGGGCGCAUAUGUCGCUUAUUGGAUGGCCGAUGCUUGGGCUGUCUCAAACUGGGAAGUUGCUUCUUCUAUGAUCAAGGUUGGUCUCAGUUGGAAAAUGGCCAUCGGCGCCUGUGUUCUUGGAAAUUUCGUCAUGGGUCUCGUUAUCACGAUCAAUGGCAGAAUGGGUGCCACUCUUCACACUCCUUUUCCCGUUCUUGCACGCAUGCCUUUCGGUUAUUACUUCAGCUACUUCGUCGUCCUGUCUCGCUGCGUUCUCGCCAUCGUCUGGCUUGGUGUGCAAACUACGACCGGCGGUCAAUGCAUGGUUGUCUUGCUUACAGCUAUCUGGCCAAGCUUCAAAAACAUCCCCAAUCACAUCCCCCUCAGCGAAGGCAUCAGCACCGGAGGAAUGAUUGGCUUCCUGCUCUACUUCUUGCUCCAGCUACCAUUUCUAUGCAUACCCUACACCAAGGUCCAACACUUCUUCGCCUUCAAGAGUGUUAUUGCUCCGAUCAUUUUCUUGGCCGUUUUCGGUGACACUUUGCGCAGAGCCGGCGGUACUAUCAGCAAUAGUACGGUCAUCACUCAAGGCACCACCGUUCACGGUUCGACCCUUGCUUGGUCCUUUUUUGCCAAUCUCAACGGAGUUUUGGGUAACUACGCUACAUUGGGCCUCAACAUUGCCGAUUUCGCAAGAUACGCGGACAAACCCAGCGCACAGAAUGUCCAGGCCGUCGUCAUCCCUGUCAUUUUCACUAUUGUUGGCUUGCUUGGUAUCUUCACUGCAGCAGCCGCCGAGACGGCAUACGGCCAGAUCUUGUGGAAUCCUAUCGACAUCAUCACCUUGUGGAUGCACAAUGGCUCCCACGGUGGCCGUGCUGCUGCCGCUUUUGGCGCCAUCGGUCUGAUUAUCGUCACCCUCGGUAUCAACAUCUCAGCCAACUCCAUCAGUGCCGCCAACGAUCUCAUGUCAUUCUGCCCUAAGUACAUCAACAUCCGUCGAGGUCAAAUUCUCGCUGCCAUCAUUGGUAGCUGGGCAUUUGUACCCUGGAAAAUCCUUGCAUCAGCUGCAAAGUUCCUUGCUUUCCUCGGCGGAUACACUAUUUUCCUAGGUCCCAUGACAUCCAUUCUCAUGACAGACUAUUACAUCGUUCGACGUGGGAACGUCUCCGUACCCGACAUGUAUAACUUCCACGGCAUCUAUCGCUACUCGCCCAAAUACGCCAGCAACUGGCGUGCGGUCGCUGCCUUCUUCAUCGGCUGCAUUCCCCCUCUCCCAGGCUUCGUCGACAACAUCGUUCAAGCAGGUGGUAGCCACACCACUGUCUCUCUAGGCGGUCAACAUCUUUUCAACAUCGGCUACAUCUACUCCUUCAUCGCAGCCGGUGUCUUCUACUGGGGCUUCAACAAAAUCUCCCCACACACCGAUUCCAUCAUGGACCACCCCGAGACAGGCGAGGAUAUCAUUGCAGCCCAAGACGCCAAGAAUGUUGAGGCGCGUCGUGCGAGUUUGGCUGGGAGGAGGCCUAGCAUCGCUGCUCGAGUCUUUGAAGUUUAAGGGUUCGCGACUGCACGAUCUUUAAAGGGAUUCGGUAUUUGGAGUUGUGAUUGUAAUGGACUGAGGUGUCCUUUGUUAUUACUGCGCACAUUUAUGUAAAGAGAUAUAGACAAACAAACACGAAUUUGACGACCACGAAUUUUGCGGGGAAGAAUACGUUGGUCCAGUGUAUAUAAAAGUAUGGUUCCCAAAACAAAGAUUAUUG